CGAGGGUCUAAAACAUUUAUUAUGUUUAAUUAAACAGAUAACGAUCAAAUUAAUUAAAGAUCUUCUAGCGGCGACAUUAGUUCCCUCAAUACUUCCAUCUCCGCGCGCGAUUCCUCUCGGGUCAACGCGCACCAACCACCACUACCACGUACCCUCGAGAGCGACAAAUUGCGAAGUUAUCCCCUCUCUUUCUCGAACGCGACACUUAUAGAGAAUUAAUAGCGGCUUUUAUUGCGAGUUCUCGAAGUAACUGGCGGAAUUGCCAAAAAAGUUUAAGUCGAUCUAUGUCGACGGCGGCGACGCAGGCCAACGCAGGCGCAAACGUGCCGUUUCCAUGGCGCCGUUGCUAUACAGUUAGGUAAUGUUGGAUUAGACGUUACGCCGUUUCGCAACCCUCUCCGGCUUUUUUAAUCACAUUCCCGUGUCACGUACGAAGACACGAUCUCGCUUGAAUCCAAUCGGACUGAGUAUUUUUGCCCUUCGGGGUGCGCUUCGACACCACCACCACCACCACCGGCGUGGACCCUAAAAUCCAGGCUGCGUGCACGUAAUCCAGCACAGUGUCGUGGGACGAAAGUGGCGGGUGGUGUGUUUACUGUGGUGGCGGCGAGGGUAUUAUCCUGACGAAACUAAAACUGGUCAGGUCAGUAACACGGGAUGCGACUAAAGCCCUGCCUCGUAACCUUCUAUCUCCUGUUACUUUCGAUCGUCUCAACCUAUAUUGCCCCUGCACUAGGUUCUGAUAUACUUCGUUACAAGCGCUCGAGACAUCGUUAUUUUACGGUGGACUACAAUGGCGUGUCGCCGGACACCGAGAGUCCUCCAUCCACCACUCCGACCUCGACGGACGACGAAUCCGCAGACUCGGAGAACCGGCACAUCCACAAGAACGACGAUCCAUGUCUGAUAAAGUAUUGCGGUGUGGGAAGAGAGUGCCAAGUCUCCGCGGACGGUGAGGAGCUCGUCGCUGGGUGCGUCUGCAUUCAUAAAUGCGCGCGGAGGCAUCGACCGGUCUGUGCAAGCAAUGGCAGGGUGUACGUCAAUCACUGCGAGAUGCAUCGCGCGGCCUGCAACGCCGACACUCCGUUAAGCACCCGAAGGCUCUCUAGAUGCCUCAGCAAUGGUAAUUACAGCGCACAGGCACGAAAGGAUUUCUUCGCGUACCAUGCCUCCACCAAAGGCAAGAAUAUCGCUAAGUACGCUAAGUCCAAGAAUAAGACGAAGCAUCAUCCGGUGAGCAAAUCGUUCCUACGAAAGAACGAUAUCGAGAAGUGUUCGGCGCAGGAAUACGAGAUUAUGAAAGACAACUUACUUCUAUAUAGUCACGCCAGACUAAUGGCCGAGGAUAAUCACAGUAAGGAGUAUUUGGUCAGCAUCAUGUUUUCUCACUACGACAGAAACAAUGACGGUAAUUUGGAGCGGGAAGAGCUCUUGCAGAUCGCCAAAGAAGAAAACAUGGAAGAGCUAUGUGCGGGAUGCAAUUUGAGCCACAUGAUCAGUUACGAUGACACCGAUAAUGAUGGCAAACUGAACGUUAACGAGUUCUACAUGGCCUUUAGCAAGCUUUAUAGUGUAUCGGUGGUGUCGUUGGAUAAAUCCCUCGAAGUGAAUCACAUAUCCGCACGAGUCGGGGACAACGUUGAGAUUAAGUGCGACGUCACCGGAACACCACCUCCGCCUUUGGUUUGGCGCCGUUACGGCACGGACGUGGAAACCCUCAGCGAACCGGAGGUAUUCCACUCGAACGAAAUAAUUCGAUCUCUAUCCUUCGCCGUUAGCCUUAUUCGCGUUCUCAACGAUGGUAGUCUUUAUCUGACAAACGUGCAGUUGGAACAUGCUGGUAAUUAUACAUGCCACGCUCUUAGGAACCAGGACGUGGUGCAAACUCACAUGCUCACCAUAUAUACUGUACCCGAGGUCAGGGUGACACCACAAUUUCAAUCCAAACGACCAAAGGGAACAGCGAAGAUGAGAUGCCACGUGAUAGGUGAGCCUCUCCCACGUGUACGAUGGCUGAAGAACGACAAACCCCUGAGCGAGGAUCAGCCAGACAAGUACGAAGUGAUCGGGAACGGUACUAAAUUGCUAAUCAGGAAGGUCGAUUAUGCCGACACUGGGGCUUACAUGUGUGAAGCGACCAGCGCUGGGGGACUAACGAGAGACAUCAGCAGUUUAGUGAUUCAGGAGCAACCUACACCGAUUGCGACGGACGAAGAACGCAGAUUCUUAUCUUUUCACGAGUGGGGUAUUUUAGUAUAUGAGCCAUCUACGUGUCACGCGCUACACGAAAUUCAUUCCACAGACAUUAUACCUGGUACUCAGGAAUACGUCUGCGGACCUAAAAAUGUUCCGUGUUCUUGGGGCCGUGCUAUUAAUGUUGCUGAUAGAUAUGUAUACGUUAGUCAACCGGAUAAAAACCGCGUACUUGUAAUCAGCGAAGUACAGAUGAUGAUAAUUGAUGUAGUGGCUACAGACAAAAAUCCGGUGGAUUUAUGGUACGUACAAAAUCUUGACUAUGUCUGGGUAUUAAACUGGAGAAGUGAAAUAGAUGUCGGUAUCAAGACCGUGCAAAUAAUCAAGGAAGCUGCUCAGCGAAAAAAACAUCAUACAAUGCGACCGGAACCUAUUGAUGCGCAAUUCGAUCUCGUGAAAGGCCUGUAUAUUCCACAGCAGCGAGAUACAAAGCACAUAUUCAAAUACGGCUAUGUGACCCAUACGAAUCAACAUGGGAUGUACAAGCUCGACCUGGUCAACAUGAGAUACACUCGUACCGUGAACUUGGCCAGCUAUAACUGCGUACCAACAAGCAUGGAAUUCUCCGAUCUUUACGGUUUUGUGAUACUGGAAUGCGAAGAGCCAAUCACUGGUCGACCGACUGGUCAAGUGCUAUUAGACUAUCUCACUGACAGCGUUCUCGCUCAUAAACCGAGCAUCCUAGGAAAACCAGCGAUUUCUCCUGAUUCCAGAUAUCUGGUUACUCUCGACAAACAAAAUACUGGUGUCACUCUCGUGGUGCAGGAGAUAUUACCAAGCGGACUGAAAUUCGCUUUUGACGUGAAAACGACUUUAAAUAUCAGCGACAUUGCCUUCUAUCCAUCGCAAACAACACAUAGUUACGACAUAUACGCUUCAUCGACAGACAAAGAAGAUAUCCUUUUUCUCGAUUUAACUACGGGAAAAGUGGAAAUGAUAACAGGCGUGGGAAAGGCAACACCACCACAUCUCACUAAAUGGGGUAAUCCGAAUAGACCGAUAAUACAAAGCGGUAUAUUUGGUCGAUAUAUGGUAAGCCCCUCCAACCAGGCGCUCUUUGUUCUCAAUGGGGAGACCCGUACGGUGAAUUGUGAAAUUGGUGGCCUUAUACAUCCCGGCGCGAUUGUUUGGUUUACUGUUUCGUUGCGUUAAUGAAUGUAGCUUCGUGACGAUGACAAUACGAGACGUACGUAUAUAAAUUGAACAUAGGGAUCCAAGCGGGUACCAAAGCCAAUUAUACCGAAAAACUUUAGAUGAAAUUAAAGGUAACAUAGAGAAAUAAACCAUACGAUAAAUACUUUCAUCUUCCCUAGAUAAUUAUUUUUUAUAAAUAAAUAUCUUACAUUGCGAUUGCACCGCUAAUUGAAAAAAAAAAAAAAACGUUAUCUCAAAGCAAUGUUCAGAAGCCAAUAUAGCGACAUAUAGUAUCAAUGGUAGAUAAUAAGUAAUUGUAAUAUAUCAAAU